CAGUCGCAGAGCCAUGUAAACAUAACUGCCGCGGAUGCUCGCUGUGGUUGAAGCUGUUACAGAGAUAGCUAGCUAAGAUAAACCAAACAGGUGUAAUUUCGCUCAGCGUCUAGCUCGGAGGCUUUCAGAUUUUUAUCAGAGAAACUAAGCAUGAUAUGCCUUAUGUUCUGUUGACUAAUCCUUCAGAUAAUUAGCCGAAAGGUUAUCUGGCAUGACGUUAGCUUGUAACUUAGCCUGUUCACUGACUGAUAGCUAGCGUUAGCUCGUCGACGCCCAGUCUGUAAGCAGUUUAAAAGCCAAUUACACAGACUGCCUUUGUAGCUAAUUAUAUCAGGUUGUUAUGUUAGCAUUGCCUGGAUGGAUAUAAGUAUCAUACAAAUGUUUAGCAUGAUGAGCUAGUAAGCAUAGCCGGUUUGCUAACUCAGUGAUAGGCCGUCGAGUGACAGGAGAGAAUCAACUUUGACAAGUCAAGACCUCCAGUCCGCUUCAACAAAUACACCAUUUACCCAUCGAGAUCGAUUAACUGUCAUCAUAUGUUGACUGAAAACAGGAAACGGCAGCGCAGUGGCGGUGAUGAGGAGACGGGCCACCUGGUGCCACAAGCCAAAAGGCAGAGCAGAGGUCACCCUCUGUCCCCUGAGCCAGGCCGGGAUGCCUGGGACUCUGAGUCAUCCAACAGUGAGAGCAGCAGCAGCAUAAGCAGUCCAGAACAUGCGGCUGGGAGCUGUAGCAGUCGCUGCGCUGUUGGCCCCUGCAGUCCUCUCAGCGCCAGUGACCCCUCAGAACUGUCCCGCUCCACAAACCCGGUGUCCUACCAACAGAUCAACCGCAUCCUGAAGCACGCCCACUUCCAGAGCCUGCAUAGCAGAGGUCAUGUCAGAGACACAUGACAACUCCCUGUUGCCCGCCAGAGGACCCGCUUCAGAGCAUCACAUGCUGAUUCACUUCACUCAGCUCUUACCAUCCAUCUCCAGUUACUGUGAUAUCUCACAGCUCUACAUAUCUGUGGAUGGAGGCCAGCUCCUGGUCAGGUAUCUCCAGGGGGUUCAUCAUUCAAAUAAAUCCAAAUGAUAACCGUUUUAGCAAUAAUAAAUGUGUGAUCAGCUUCAACAUUUUUUGUGAUCCACUUGGGGUUCAACCAGUCUGGUUUACAUGCUGCUCUUAGAGCUGGUUUGGGACUGACUGACUGAUGAUGAUGAUGAUGAUGAUGAAGAAUUCCUGUGUUUUUGUCUUAAAUGUUGUCUGAGAACAGUGCUACUGCAGCUGCUGGUAUUGCACCAAAUACAUUUCUAGGCCGGUCCGUGUGACUCGUUUAGUCUCCUAGUAGGGUACUUGGGCUGUAUAAUGCUGAAUCUGAUGUCCGUGUAAGUACAUGGACUCAGUCUCAGGGAGGAUUUGCACUUGUCUUUGACUGCUCAUUUGCUUUCAUUCUCAGACAGGGACUCCUUCAUUCGGGACACAUAGAAGCCAUGAGUGUAAACACAUGCUUUCUGUCCUGUUUUUUUGUUAGUGAACAGAAUGUUUGAAAAUCUUUUACAAUAGAUUUUUAGCUCAUUUGUAGUGGAGGGUGAGGCUGUAGAUUUGGUUUUAGCGUGGAUCGCAUUUUUUUUUUUUUUAAAUAGACUUCACAAAAGUUAAAUAGAGUUUAGAACAGGUUUGCUUAUUUUUCCUUUGAAACAGGGGGUCAUUUAUCCUGUGUUUAACAGUCAGUGACGUUGUUUAUUAGGGCUUGGAAUCUUUGGGUGUCACAAUUUGAUUGGAUUGGAUUCAUGAUUCAAAGUCUAUUUUUGAAUUAGUACGAACUUCAGAAUUUACUCCAGUCAUCUGUGAGACCGGCUGAAUUUCUUGCUGCUCCAUUUGGCAUUCUUCUGAGUUAAAGAGCUAGCCUUAGCACUUAUCAGGGAGUGACUGAUUAGCGAAGUUUGAAUCUAUUUAAAAUCUCACGAGAUAACAAUCUCGUUUUUUUUUGUUUUUUUUUACAUAAAUCGUUUUUUUUCCCCACCUAUUGUUAAUUGUUUCUGGUACAGGUUACAAUUGAAUACACCCACAUAGUCGAUUGAUUGUGUGACCUAUGCAUCAGUGUUGCUUUUAGCUAACAGUUCUGUUUUAAUUCCUCUCAAACAUGGAGCCUACUCAGAAUCUCUUUUUUUAUUUGUAACCUUAAAACAACCGAAACGUUCCUCUCAUGAUCAACGAAUAAAAACACUAGACGGUGACAUGACAACAAGUCAUCUCUUAUCUCUAAUCAACCAUCAAACUUCAGCCAAAGUAAUGAAACAAUAUCAUGAUCCCCCCUUUAAGAAGUGAUGGUGUACCUGUAGGUACCUCUAGUUAUUUAAUAUCAUAUUGACUUUAGACAUGAAGCAGCAUUAGAUCCAUAUUUUCCUUGAGAUGACAUCUGGCGUGUAUUUUUCUGCAGGUGAAUUUGAUUCAUGUUACUAUCAAUCAUGAGAGAACAAAGUCGUGAUCAUCGGGGAAUUAUAUAGAAUACAUAGCUAAACUAGUGGAAGUGAAAAAAAAAUGAGUCUGAUUAUUGAAUACAAAAGAGGAGUGACAACAUAACCAGCUUGCCACAAAAAGGAAACAAAAUAAAAAAUCCCCCCCAUGAGGUCCAUAACUUUUCAAACCCCUUAGAUUGACCAAUCUUCCUUUUAUUAUAUA